CUCAAAGCAAACAGACAUCUCCUAUUGUGUAUGCACACCAGUACAGUCCUGUGUUCAUCCCUCAACCGCCAGCAGUCUACAGCUUAGCACACAACACAGUGUCCAGGAUGCUGAGGGGUAUUCUGCUCAUCCUGGCUGCGGCUGGUCUCCACGCAUUGCCCCUGCCGAACAAUGUGCUCGGCUCAGUCCGGGUCCAGAGCCCUGUUCCGGUGGAGGCACGAAGGCAGGGCACCCAGCCUUCACGCGCACAUAUUGUGGACCUGCGAUCAGGCCUGCCCCAGAACUACGUCAGCGAGAUGGACCGGAGGGUGGGCGACUACUAUGUCCCUCCAUCCACUGACCAAUUCAGACAAGGCACACAGAACUCCCGGGCGGUCCUGGUGGACCUGAGAUCUGGGCUGCAGAAACCCGCUGUGGGAGAGAUGCAAAGGAACCUGGGACCCGUAUAUGUCCCCCCCUCCCUGGAUGGUUUCAGGCAAGGUACCCAGAACUCCAGAGCCAUUCUGGUGGACCCUAGAACUGGUCUUAUGGUGGAGCCCAUAGGAGAGAUGGCAAGAACCAACUUACUGAAUAGUGAGUCAAGAGCAGCAAUGCGCCCCCUAGAGUCCAAACAGAAAUGUCAAGGCCAUAUCAUCAUGGAAAAAUGCUAUACCUUCUUCCCCAAUUCCCAGACCUUCGAGCAAGCUGAGGCAACCUGCCAACAGCUCUCUCCUGGGGGACACCUGGCCUCUGUGACAAGCUCUGACCUGCACACUCGCCUCAUUUCUAUGGUAACAGAGGCAAGCAAUGGCCCUGUGCUGACCUGGCUGGGAGCAGCUCUGAAGGUGGAUAAAUUUCAGUGGAUAGAUGGCUCGCCCUGGAGCUAUAGCGACUGGAUGCCUGGAUAUCCCAGCACACGGAAGGACAGUGAGAAAUGUGUGGAGAUGUUCCGCAUCGCCUGA